CAAAGAUGUGUGUGUCGUCCUGUUCUGGCUUCUCUUUCCUCAGCAUCCUCGUCAUCAUCAUCAUCAUCAUCACGGUGAUGCUGAGCGGCUCCUCGGUGAUGGUGAUGGCGUGUGUGGAUGCUGCCUGAGCGCCUGGAGAGGAGGAGAGGAGGAGAGGAGGAGAGAAGAAAGACAGGACAGGAAUCCUGCUCGGUGUCGGCUUUACGCGCGUCUGUGCGUCGCUCCGGUGGAAUGAGAAGCUGCUGUUGCUGCUGCUGCUGCUGCAACCAUGAUGGAAGGACUGAAGAAGCGAACCCGAAAGGCGUUCGGGUUACGCAAGAAAGAGAAGGACACUGACUCCACGGGAUCACCAGAGAAAGACAAAUCAAAAAAAGCCAACGGUGCUCCAAAUGGGUUCUACGGCGAGAUAGACUGGGAUCGAUAUAAUUCCCCUGAUGUGGAUGAUGAGGGCUUCAGCAUCAGACCCGGAGAACAAGGAGGAACACCAGCCAAAGCCAGAACCUUCUUCUCAUCCAGUGAGUCAGAGGGUGAGGAUGAGCCAGGGAAGAAGUUUAAGAUCAAGAUCAAGCCCCUGGCACCAGAUAACGGCACUGUGUCCACAGUGGAUGAGCUGAAGGCCUCUGUGGGCACGCUGGCCAUCUCAACCUCGCCUUUGAUGAAAAGUCCAAGGCGCAGCCCGUGUCCACUGAAACGAACUAUCUCAAGUGAGGAGAUCGCCAGGCCUAGACGUUCCACUCCAACACCGACUCUAACUCCGGGGCCUGGUCCUGACACACCAAGUAAAAGGUUAUCAGACAAUGCUUCAGCUUUUUUCGGCCCUCCGUUUGAGGCAAACUUCGAAGCACAGAACUCGGAAGUGUUCUUAGCGGAGCCGGAGCUGUGGCGUCUAUCAACGCCAAGCAACACCUCCCCGCUGAACAGACGCUUCCCCACAGGAGCUCCACCUCCUCUUCCUCCGAAGAACAUUCCUGCAACUCCACCCAGCUACAGAUCCAGCUCUCUGGAAUCGUCAGGUUAUUACAGUGUUGUUCCAAGUGUAAGAGGAGAAGGAUCACCUUCGAUCUAUCGGGACAUUCUACUAUCAGACCCUACAGGGGGCCCUGCUCUUCCUGACAUGGACAAUGUAUUUGCCCCAUCAGAUACCCCCAAAUCUGAAUCAGAGAUGUUGCAGUCCAACUGGGUCAGUUUCACUGAUGGGACAACCUCCAGGCCUCCACCCCCUGAUGAGCCUGCCCCUUCCCCACCUCUCUCAUCCUCUUCUGAGGACACACCCCCUACUUCACCUCCUGCCUCAUCGCCUCCUCUGCUGCACUCUAUCCCUCCACCUGAAUCUCCUCCUCCCCCACCCCCAGAUUCCCCCCCAGACUCCCUAUCUCCUGAUGAUCUGGCCCAACCCCAACAUUCCACAUUCCCGCUCCAAGAGUCCAGCUUUUCCAUGACUACUCCUCUCACUCUACCUAGCCCUGGCAUGCCCCCUCUGCCAACUGUGCCACCUCCUCUGGGGAUGCGAGAUGAUGCCAGAAGAACACCAGACUCUUUUGGGCUAAGAGAGGAAAUCCUCUCACUUUCCACCUCACCCAAGGACAUUGGGAUGGGGGGUUUGCGUGGCACACCACCUCCACUGCCCCCUCUCACCUACAGGAGUGUGGCCGUCUCACCAGGGCCUGGUAGCCGGCCUUCAUCACCUGCACGUCCUGGCACUCCUUUAUCAGCAGGUAGCCCAAUACCACCACUCCCACCCCGGCCAUCCUCGCGGCCCAAACUUCCCCCUGGUAAACCAAACGUGGCAGACUUGGCUUGGCCCAUCAGCGGUCCUGUCCACUCAUGGAGUCCUCCUCCCUUUGCUCCCCUGGCCCGAGCAGAAAGUAGCUCCUCCAUUUCUUCCAUCACUUCCCUCAGUGCUGCCUCCACACCAACGCUUGGCAGAGAGUUCAAUCUCUCUGUCUCAGCCUGUUCCCGAGGACCAAGUCCACUUACCAUGGGUCCCCAGGACACUCUACCAGUGGCAGCAGCCUUCACAGAGACCAUCAGCGCCUACUUCAAAGGAGCCGACCCCAGCAAGUGUGUGGUAAAGAUAACUGGAGAGAUGGUUCUGUCCUUCCCAGCAGGCAUCACAAGACAUUUCUCGAACCAGCCGAGUCCUCCAGUACUGACCUUCACUAUCAGCCAUUACAGCCGUCUGGAGCAGGUCCUCCCCAACCCUCAGCUGCUCUGCUGUGACCCGAUGCCUGCCUUCUCCGACUGUAAAGAGUUUCGGGUGAACAUGCCCAACCUGAUGGCUCAUCUCAAGAAGGUGGCGGACCAGCGGCCUCAGGCUACCUACUACAAUGUGGACAUGCUGAAGUACCAGGUGUCGGCACGGGGCAUCCAGUCUACUCCAUUGAACCUGGCACUAAGCUGGCGCGGUGAUGCUAACAGCACUGACCUCAGGAUAGACUACAAAUACAAUGCAGAGGCCAUGCCCAUCCCCACACCCCUCACCAACAUCCACUUCCUGGUGCCAGUGGACGGCGGUGUAACCAAACUGCAGGCCAUGCUGCCUCCAGCUAUAUGGAACCCAGAAACCCAUAAGAUACUGUGGAAGAUCUCUGAACUCUCGCAGAAAUCAGAAAACGGAGGAGUGGGGGCGCUGUUGUGUCGCUUCCAGCUGGCCGAAGGUCCGAGUAAACCGUCCCAACUGGCCGUGCAGUUCACUAGUGAGGGAAGCACACUGUCCGGCUGCGACUUCCAGCUGCUGGGAAGUGGAUACAGACUGUCCCUGAUUAAGAAGCGCUUCUCGACAGGUAAAUAUUUGGCAGAUAACUGACGUCAGUUAACAACAACAACUCGUGGAACAGACGGAGUGACGACGCCUUCAAAUUCACCACUGAAGAGACUUAACAAUGUUUUUAAAAUUCAAAGGGAUUCCUUAACUUGGAAUUUCACAAGUAGUGUCUCUCCGGCAUAGAAUAUUGUGUGUGUGUGUGUGUGUGUGUGUGUGUAUAAAGGCAAUUUCAGGACAAAUGCAAUACAGCAACAUUCUUUGCUGGGUUUAUGCACGAAGGCAGAGUUUCCUCUCAGAGCUUGAUAAUAUGCGUGUUUGUUUGUGUGUGUGUGUGUGUGUGUGUGUGUAUGAGUGACUUUAUAUCCUGGGCAUGUGCCGAUAAUCAGGUACUUAAAAUAUUGUGAUAUUCACCAUGAACAAUUCUUAGCGAGGGUGCUUUUAUUUAUUUAUUUUUUAAAGUCACCAUAAUUUUGUUCAUCAGAUAAAAGUUUCCGAAAAUUUUAAAAACUGUUGCGAAGACUGAAAAAUUAGUUUACGAACAAUAACAUAAUUACAGAUUUAUUUUUACUUGUAUUAUAUGAGGUAAAAUAAUGUAAAGGGACCUGAAAGUUACUGCAUAAUUUGCUAGCUAGCUCUAGAUAGAUUUCUUUAGAUAGCUACUUAUGAAACAUAGAGAUAAAAGAUUCAUAGUCAUUCCCAGGGUGAAAUUUAGGAGGAUAUUUACCUGAUUUACCUAAUGAUACGCUAGCCAGCAUUAGGUAACUAUCUAGUUAACUAAUACUACAAGUUAUACCCCAUAACUGUUAUAUUAGCUUGUUUUUUGGGGGGAGGUUCAAUUUAGCUAGCUAUUUUUUUUUGUAAGCUAGUUAACAUUAGUUGCAAAGCCCCUUAUAUUUGCACAAUAUUAGAUGCAAUGCAGGAUAAAAUGUCAAAAAUGCAUAUUUGCUAUAUGUCAAAAGUGAAUGUAAUACAACUUGACAGGCACUGUGUUAAACCUGUUAGCUUGAUAUUUGAUACAAAUGGUGAUAAAGUGUCAGGAGGAUAUUGUCAUUUGUCAGAAGUCAUUUCCUGGGUUAAAUUUUGUGACCUAAUGUAAUACAGACUAACUGGCAGUAUAUGUAUCUUGUUAGCUAGCGUUAGUUAACUAGCAUUUGUUAGCUAGCUAGCUACAUUCUCUUGCUCUUUAAUACAAAGGGGUAACAUUUACUGAGAUAUAAAAACAUAAAAUCGGCACAUGCCUUGUGAUAUCGUGUACUGUUAAUCCCAGAGUUUGAUUAGCCAAUAUAAUAACAGAAACCGGUGAGGUGAUGUUCGGUUAUGUUUUAAAUAUUUAUUUCCCCCCCAAAACAAUGCAAAUAACAUGUGUUAUACUAGAUAAAUGAUACUGGACGUCAGAUUUACCUCAAAUUUUCUAACUAGUUCAACCAAAUGUUGAACUUGAAAAAAAAAAAAAAGCUGUAAAUCAUAACAGAGAAGGAAACGUGGUAGACAUCAGAUUAGUUUCAUAUGAAUUUUGAUAUUCGCGUCGGUUGUGAGGUGAUGUUUUUGUCUGUGAGGUUGAAAAAGCGGAAAUGAUGUUCCAUAAUUAGAUAUCGAUAAACUCUGGAAUUCAAUUUUCAUGCAACAUAGCGAUGCCUAAACAUUUUCUAAUCAUGUGUCUUGAAUCAAAAUACUAAUAAUGUUGAUAAUUAAGCGACACAGAAUCUGUGUCAGGAUUUAAUGCAGCAUUCCGUAGUAUGAACUAUUUACCGAUUUGAUUUUCCACAAUGUGGACUUUUUUUAAACGUUUUUUUUUUUUCUGUAGCAAUAUUGAUGAUUGUGUAUAAAUGUAAGAUAAGAAUUGUUAUAUGUAUAUGUAACGGAUAUACAGCUUCUACGUAUUAUCAUAAGCCAAUGUUUAGUAGUUGAAAAAAAAUUCAUGACCGCACUUUAUUUCAAUGUUCCUUUUAUUUGAUGUUAUUUUUCUCCAUUUUUUUAAAACACACAUUAUUUAUGAAGUAUACAAAUGGCCGUUUUAUAUAUCUAAAAGUCAAAACCCCUUGUUUCAGCGUGUACUGUACGAUGCUUUGACGUAUUCUAGGCAUCUGUUUUAUUUAUCGUAAGUCUACUCAAGCAAGAAAAGUUCAUACCUCCAAGCCACCAGGGGGUGAUAAGAAACACAUGGAUAAACCUCAGAUACCCACCUUGUUAUUCAACUCGGUGAGAAAGUUCCAGAAAGAUUGCUGUAUGUACAUACAUCAUACAUCAGUCACCCUGGUGGUUAUCCGUGAUUUGACUUUUAAGAUUUCUCAAUUCAAGAACUAGUCACAUUGCUAGCUACAGUAUGUUUUCGAAAAGUUAAAUAUAAUAUUUAGUGUUUACAACUUUUCUUGAUAAAAACACAUUUCACUACAUGAAGGCCACAACAUGCAUUAUAGCUGUUGUCUGGUGCCAUGCUAGCAUAACAAUUUUAGGUUAGCAAAACUUUUUCUCGAAUGUUCUAGAAACUUUUGGCUGCUUUUUUUGGUUGCAAAUUUAAUCUGUCACAUUUUCUGGCUGUUCCGAGGAGAAUUCUUACAUAACAUUGAGAAAUGUACAAAGUUACUGCAACAUUUUCAGCCGCAUGAACAAUUACGUCCCACAGCUGCAUACGUAAUUUACAUUCACCUUCCACUUUAAUAGAAGCACCUACACAUCUGCUCUUUUAUGCAGUUAUGCAAUCAUUCAAUCAUGUGGCAGCAGCACAAUGCAAAAAAUCAUGCACAUACAGGUCAAGAGCUUCAGUUAAUGUUCACUUCAAACAUCAGAAUGGAGAAAAAGUGUGAUAUCUGUGACUUUAACCAUGGCAUGGUUGUUGGUACCAGAUGGGCUGGUUUGACUAUUUCAUAAACUGCUGAUUUCCUGGGAUUUUCACACACAACAGUCUUUAGAGUUUACACAGAAUGGUGCGAAAAACAAAACACAUUGACUGAGAGACAGUUCUGUGGGUGGAAAUGCCUUGUUCAUAAGAGAGAUCAGAGGAAAAUGGACAGAUUGGUUCGAGCUGCCAGGAAGGAUAUCGUAACUCAUAUAAUCACCCUUUACAAUCGUGGUGAGCAGAAAAGCAUCUUAGCAUGCACAAAACAUUGAACCGUGAGGUGGAUGGGCUACAACAGCGGAAGACCACAUCAGGUUCCACUCCUGUCAGUCAAGAACAGGAAUCUGAGGCUAUCAUCCAAUCACCUGGUCUUUUUCCAGUCUUCAACUGUCCAGUUUGGGUGUGCCUGUGCCCACGAUAGCCUCAGCUUCUUGUUGCCACAUGACUGAAUGAUUGGAUAACUGCACAAAUGAGCAGUUGUAUGUGUUCCUAUUAAAGUGGAUGGUGAUGGUAUGUAACUAGCUAAAAUUAAUCGUAUUGCUAAACACUCCAUUUCUUCAAAAAGUUAGAAAAAUCUGUUUCAAAAAUCUGUUUUCAUUGCAUUUGUGCCCUUCCUAAUGAAAAAAAAAAACAUUUAGGACAGGUCCAAGAAAAUUCUCUCAUAAAAGGUUAUGUUUAGCACAAAGGUUUUUAGUAAUGUUUUAGAAAUCUGAAUUAUAAAAGUAGCCAACCAGCUAGAAGAAUGCUAGCUGCUAGUCACUUCCUAGCUAAAACAAAGCGAUAUCAGAUCAUAUAAUAAUCUAAAGUACGAAGGUUUUCAAAAGGUUAUAAAAAUAACAUUGGUGAAAUAUUGUGAAAAUGUGAUAUAGUAAUGGUCUGUGUUUACGAUGCUCACGGUGAGAGAAAAGCUAACAGUAUGGAGAUGUUUGUGUUAAUGUUCAGGCUACUAAAAAUGUUACAAGUGUUAUAGCAGUGUGUUACAUUUCUAAAUAUUUCUGAACGUUAUGUAAGAAUUCUCCUCAAAUCACCCAGAAAACCCUGAUAGACUGAAUGUUUGAGAAACCGAACGGUAGUUAGAACCUUUCAGAAAGCGUUUUGCUGAUGCUAACAUAACACUGUUAAUGUUGCUAGCAUGCUGUGGCCUUUUUUUGUAGUGAAAAUGUGGGGUUUUUUUCAAGAAAAUAUAUAAACACUAAACAUCUGCAGUAUGUAUUUAACUUUAUAUCUGAACACUACUGGAGCUAGCACUGCGGUUAGUUUUUUAGUCAAGGAAUUUCAAAUUCUUAAUGAUUUUUUUGGUUGUUGCAUAAAUAAUCAUGAUCCUUUCUGUCCUGAAAAGAGAUUCGGGUCAAGAAAACUUCAACGACUCUGUUGAUUCUUACGUAGUUUGAAAUUAUUAAAAAAAAAUUUAAAAAAAACAGGGUUGUAUGUGCUUAUCACGCUACGGGGUUACAGUGUUAAUUAGGUGAUACUGUUGAUUUUGGAAAGCUGUACUGUUUUUUUUUUUAUUUUUUUCAUUUUGGGGGGUUUAAUAUUAAAACAGGUUCCACAAAAAUAAUCUCUGGAAUUAUGAACGCUAAUUAUUUUGAUCAGGAUGAAUCAGGAAUAUGGCCGCCAUCAGUUUAGCAGAUUAUUUUGUUUACAUUAUUACAUUAUAUUAUUUGAAUCAUUUUUUAGACCUUACAUGACCUGCACAGAGACUUUUUCUUGUGCCGUGUGUGUGUGUGUAUGUGUGUGUGCGUGUGUGUGAGCGCCGUUUUGCCGGUUACAAUUUCAUCUCAUAGAAAAAGCCAUGUGCGAAGUAAUAUCUGUAUUUAUCAGUUGCAUCUUGUUCAUUACAGAUAAAACAGAAUAUGCAAAAGUUUAAUGUGUAGGAUACGGCCUUCACAGGGUCUAUGAUAAUAUAAAGGUUGAAAAUGAUAGGUAUAUUAAAGGUGUAAUAUAAAGUAUUAACAUAAAAUAAAUAAAUUAAAAACACCACUGUGGGGUCUGUCUGCUUGUCAGUCGGUUUCUGCUAGCUUGUUUGCCAGUUUACCUGUUAGCUUACUAACAUUUCGUUCUGUUACAAUUGUACCGAUCGCAUAACUGGUUAUGACUAAAAGAAUUCCCAACCAGUAGACACUGAAAGGAUAAACGUGUCGUAAACUCUGGUAUUAUUUACUCAAUUACUCAUUUUGUGUUACUUU